ACACAGGGACAUCACCCUACAGCAGUUCAGGCUGUGUGGUUCGCAGGAAGCAUACACUGGCUUUUUGAUUGUUGCUAGUUCCCAGCUCACAGUUUGGAAGGAUCCAACACCAGCCUUCACGUGAAGUGGGGGCCCAAGGACAGUGAGGAGCUGGGUGGCCCCAACCUCGAGCCCUGCCAGCCUGACAUGGAAAUGGAGGCAAACGACCAUUUUAACUUUACUGGCCUUCCCCCUGCACCUGCUGCCUCAGGACUGAAACCCUCUCCUUCCUCAGGGGAGGGCCUCUACACUAACGGGUCUCCCAUGAACUUCCCCCAGCAAGGGAAAAGUUUGAAUGGGGAUGUGAAUGUUAAUGGCUUAUCUACUGUAUCUCACACUACUACUUCAGGGAUUUUGAACUCUGCUCCCCACUCCUCCAGCACCUCACACCUCCAUCACCCCAGCGUGGCCUACGACUGUCUCUGGAACUACUCACAGUACCCAUCUGCCAAUUCUGGCAGCAACCUCAAGGACCCACCCCUUCUCUCCCAGUUCUCGGGGGGACAAUACCCACUCAACGGCAUCCUUGGGGGCAGCCGGCAACCUUCAUCCCCAAGUCACAACACUAACCUUCGGGCUGGGAGCCAAGAGUUCUGGGCCAACGGUACCCAGAGUCCCAUGGGGCUUAACUUUGAUUCACAAGAACUGUAUGAUUCCUUUCCUGACCAGAAUUUUGAGGUGAUGCCCAAUGGACCCCCUAGUUUUUUCACCUCCCCACAGACUUCUCCUAUGUUGGGAUCUAGCAUUCAAACCUUUGCACCCUCCCAGGAGGUAGGCAGUGAUAUCCACCCUGAUGAGGCAGCAGAAAAGGAGAUGACUUCAGUUGUGGCAGAGAAUGGCACUGGCUUGGUAGGCAGCCUGGAGCUGGAAGAAGAGCAGCCAGAACUGAAGAUGUGUGGCUACAAUGGCUCUGUCCCUUCUGUGGAAUCGUUACACCAAGAGGUCUCAGUCCUGGUCCCUGACCCCACAGUGAGUUGUUUAGAUGAUCCUUCACAUCUUCCUGAUCAACUGGAAGACACUCCAAUCCUCAGUGAAGACUCUUUGGAGCCCUUCAACUCUCUGGCACCAGAGCCAGUGAGUGGAGGACUAUAUGGUAUUGAUGACACAGAGCUAAUGGGUGCAGAGGACAAGCUGCCUCUUGAGGACAGCCCUGUGAUUUCUGCCCUUGAUUGCCCUUCCCUCAAUAAUGCUACUGCCUUCAGUCUCCUGGCAGAUGAUAGUCAAACAUCAGCCUCUAUCUUUGCCAGUCCCACCUCUCCACCUGUCCUAGGGGAGUCUGUCCUGCAAGAUAACAGCUUUGACCUGAAUAAUGGUAGUGACGCUGAACAGGAGGAAAUGGAAACUCAGUCUUCAGACUUCCCACCAUCUCUGACCCAGCCAGCUCCUGAUCAGUCAUCCACUAUUCAGCUACAUCCAGCAACCUCACCAGCAGUCUCGCCAACAACCUCCCCAGCAGUCUCCCUAGUGGUUUCUCCAGCAGCCUCCCCAGAAAUCUCUCCAGAAGUUUGUCCCGCAGCUUCUACAGUUGUCUCUCCAGCAGUCUUCUCAGUGGUCUCUCCAGCUUCCUCAGCAGUCCUCCCAGCAGUUUCCUCAGAAGUCCCCUUGACGGCUUCAGUGACAUCCCCAAAAGCCUCUCCUGUAACUUCCCCAGCAGCUGCCUUUCCAACAGCCUCCCCAGCAAAUAAGGAUGCCAGCAGCUUCCUAGAAACCACUGCUGACCUGGAAGAGAUCACUGGAGAGGAACUCACUACUUCUAGUAGUGGUGAUGUCAUGAGGAGACGUAUUGCUACCCCAGAAGAAGUUCGUCUUCCCCUCCAACAUGGGUGGCGGAGAGAGGUGCGCAUCAAGAAGGGCAGCCACCGAUGGCAAGGGGAGACCUGGUAUUAUGGCCCCUGUGGGAAGAGGAUGAAGCAAUUUCCAGAAGUGAUCAAGUACCUGAGCCGCAAUGUGGUACACAGUGUCCGCCGUGAGCACUUCAGCUUCAGUCCCCGUAUGCCUGUUGGAGAUUUCUUUGAAGAAAGAGACACGCCAGAGGGCUUGCAGUGGGUGCAGCUCUCAGCAGAGGAGAUCCCAUCGAGGAUUCAGGCAAUUACUGGCAAACGGGGUCGACCUCGAAACACUGAGAAGACUAAGACUAAGGAAGUCCCCAAGGUGAAACGGGGCCGAGGUCGGCCACCUAAGGUCAAAAUUACUGAGCUGUUGGACAAGACAGACAACCGCCUCCUAAAGAAACUGGAGGCCCAAGAAACAUCAAAUGAGGAAGAUAAAGCAAAGAUUGGUAAAAGCAAGAAGAAGAUGAGGCAGAAGGUACAACGGGGAGAGUGUCAGACUACUAUCCAAGGGCAGGCCAGAAAUAAGCGGAAACAAGAGACCAAGAGCUUAAAGCAGAAGGAAGCUAAGAAGAAAUCCAAGGCUGAGAAAGAAAAGGGAAAGACAAAGCAGGAAAAACUGAAGGAAAAAGUCAAGAGGGAAAAGAAGGAGAAGGUAAAAAUGAAGGAAAAGGAGGAGGUGGCCAAAGCCAAGCCAGCCUGUAAAGCAGAUAAGACCCUGGCCACACAGAGGCGCUUGGAGGAACGGCAGAGGCAACAGAUGAUCUUGGAGGAAAUGAAGAAGCCAACAGAGGAUAUGUGUCUGACUGACCACCAGCCCCUGCCUGACUUCUCACGAGUCCCUGGUCUGACAUUGCCCAGUGGGGCCUUCUCAGACUGCUUGACCAUUGUGGAGUUCCUGCAUAGCUUUGGCAAGGUGCUGGGCUUUGAUCCUGCCAAAGAUGUGCCUAGCCUGGGGGUCCUGCAGGAGGGACUCCUGUGUCAAGGCGACAGCUUGGGUGAGGUGCAAGACCUGCUGGUGAGGCUGCUGAAGGCUGCACUCCAUGAUCCUGGCUUGCCCUCCUACUGUCAGUCCCUAAAGAUCUUGGGGGAGAAGGUGUCUGAGAUCCCACUGACAAGAGACAAUGUGUCGGAGAUCCUGCGCUGCUUUCUUAUGGCAUACGGAGUAGAGCCAGCCCUCUGUGACCGCCUGCGCACCCAGCCUUUUCAGGCCCAGUCACCCCAGCAGAAGGCUGCUGUCCUGGCCUUCCUUGUGCAUGAGCUCAAUGGCUCCACCCUCAUCAUCAAUGAGAUUGACAAGACUCUGGAGAGUAUGUCCAGCUACAGGAAAAACAAGUGGAUUGUUGAAGGUCGGCUCCGGAGACUGAAAACUGUUCUGGCCAAGCGAACUGGGCGGUCUGAGGUAGAGAUGGAAGGGCCAGAGGAAUGCCUGGGACGGAGGCGCAGUUCUCGGAUCAUGGAGGAGACCAGUGGCAUGGAAGAAGAGGAAGAAGAGGAGUCUACAGCAGCUGUCCAUGGCCGCAGGGGUCGAAGAGAUGGAGAGGUUGAUGCCACAGCAUCUAGCAUCCCAGAGCUAGAGCGCCAGAUAGAAAAACUCAGUAAGCGUCAGCUUUUCUUUCGCAAAAAGCUGCUUCACUCAUCCCAGAUGCUUCGGGCGGUCUCCCUGGGUCAAGACCGCUACAGACGUCGCUACUGGGUAUUGCCAUAUUUGGCUGGUAUCUUUGUAGAAGGAACAGAGGGGAACUUAGUUCCUGAGGAUGUGAUAAAGAAGGAAACUGACUCCUUAAAAGUGGCAGCCCAUACGUCACUCAACCCUGCCCUCUUCUCUAUGAAGAUGGAGUUAGCUGGCUCCAACACCACUGCCAGUUCUCCUGCCCGGGCCCGAGGCCGACCUCGAAAAACUAAGCCUGGGUCUAUGCAACCUAGGCACCUUAAGUCCCCUGUCAGGGGUCAGGAUUCAGAACAGCCCCAGGCCCAGCUUCAGCCUGAGGCUCAGCUUCAUGCUCCUGCCCAGCCCCAGCCUCAGCUUCAGCUUCAGCUUCAGUCCCAUCCUCAGUCCCAUAAGGGGUUCCUGGAGCAAGAAGGCUCCCCUUUGUCACUGGGUCAGAGCCAGCAUGACCUCAGCCAGUCAGCCUUCCUGUCUUGGCUGAGCCAGACUCAGAGCCAUAGCUCCCUGUUGAGCAGCUCAGUCCUCACGCCUGAUAGCAGUCCUGGAAAACUAGACCCAGCUCCAUCACAGCCCCUGGAGGAGCCAGAGCCUGAUGAGGCAGAAUCCAGCCCUGAUCCUCAAGCACUCUGGUUUAACAUCUCAGCCCAGAUGCCCUGCAAUGCUGCCCCUACACCACCCCCUGCCGUUUCUGAGGACCAACCCACUCCCUCCCCUCAGCAGCUUGCCUCCUCCAAGCCAAUGAAUAGACCCAGUGCUGCCAACCCUUGUUCUCCAGUGCAGUUCUCUUCCACGCCCUUGGCUGGGUUGGCCCCUAAGAGGCGAGCAGGAGACCCUGGAGAAAUGCCACAGAGUCCCACAGGGCUGGGACAGCCCAAACGGAGAGGGAGACCUCCCAGUAAGUUCUUCAAACAAAUGGAACAGCGUUACCUAACCCAGCUGACAGCCCAGCCUGUCCCACCUGAGAUGUGCUCAGGCUGGUGGUGGAUACGAGAUCCUGAAACGUUGGAUGCCAUGCUCAAGGCCCUACAUCCCCGAGGUAUCCGGGAGAAGGCACUUCACAAACACCUUAACAAGCACAGGGACUUCUUGCAGGAAGUCUGCCUACGGCCCUCAGCUGACCCCAUCUUUGAGCCCAGGCAACUACCUGUCUUUCAAGAAGGCAUGAUGAGCUGGUCCCCCAAAGAGAAGACGUAUGAGACAGACCUAGCAGUGCUUCAAUGGGUCGAGGAUCUGGAGCAGCGGGUUAUCAUGUCUGAUCUGCAGAUUCGGGGCUGGACAUGUCCUAGCCCGGACUCUACCCGUGAAGACUUGGCCUACUGUGAGCACCUCUCCAGCUCCCAGGAGGAUAUCACCUGGCGAGGUCGAGGCAGGGAAGGACUGGCACCUCAGCGUAAAACUACCAACCCUUUGGACCUGGCUGUGAUGCGGCUGGCUGCCCUGGAACAGAAUGUAGAACGGCGGUACCUGCGGGAGCCCCUCUGGCCAACUCAUGAGGUUGUGCUGGAGAAGGCCCUGCUUAGCACACCUAAUGGUGCCCCUGAGGGCACCACUACAGAGAUAUCAUACGAGAUCACCCCUCGCAUUCGUGUCUGGCGCCAGACCCUCGAGCGGUGCCGGAGCGCAGCCCAGGUGUGCUUGUGCCUGGGCCAGCUGGAGAGGUCCAUUGCCUGGGAGAAGUCUGUCAACAAAGUGACGUGUCUAGUCUGCCGGAAGGGUGACAAUGAUGAGUUUCUUCUGCUUUGUGAUGGGUGUGACCGUGGCUGCCACAUUUACUGCCAUCGUCCCAAGAUGGAGGCUGUCCCAGAAGGAGAUUGGUUUUGUACUGUCUGUUUGGCUCAGCAGGUAGAGGGAGAAUUCACUCAGAAGCCUGGUUUCCCAAAGCGAGGCCAGAAGCGGAAAAGUGCUUAUUCGCUGAACUUCUCAGAGGGUGAUGGCCGCCGACGCCGGGUACUGUUGAGGGGUCGAGAAAGCCCAGCAGCAGGGCCUCGGUACUCAGAAGAGGGGCAGUCCCCCUCCAAGCGGCGGCGACUCUCAAUGCGGAACCACCACAGUGAUCUCACAUUUUGCGAGAUUAUCCUGAUGGAGAUGGAGUCCCAUGAUGCAGCCUGGCCUUUCCUAGAGCCUGUGAACCCACGUUUGGUGAGUGGGUACCGGCGCAUCAUCAAAAAUCCUAUGGAUUUUUCCACCAUGCGGGAGCGGCUGCUCAGGGGAGGGUACACCAGCUCAGAGGAGUUUGCGGCUGAUGCCCUCUUGGUAUUUGACAACUGCCAGACCUUCAACGAGGAUGACUCUGAAGUAGGCAAGGCUGGGCACAUCAUGCGCCGCUUCUUCGAGAGCCGCUGGGAGGAGUUUUAUCAGGGAAAACAGGCCAAUCUGUGAGGCAAGGGAGGUGGGGAGUCACCUUGUGGCAUCUCCCCCCCACCUUCCAAACAAAAAACCUGCCAUUUUCACCUGCUGAUGCUGCCCUGGGUCCAGACUCAAGUCAGAUACAACCCUGAUUUUUGACCUUGCCCUUGGCAGCACCCCACAUCCUCUUAUUCCUAUAUCCCUUUCUCCCUUUCCUCCUCUUGCUCCUCAAAUAAGAGGUGCAGAGAUGAGGUCCUUCUGGACUAAAAGCCAAAAAAAGAAAGAAAAAAAA